AUUGUGUCAACAGCGCGCGCUGUGUUUUUGUUCCACGUCAAAUAUCAGUGGUAAAGUUUUCCAAAACACACUCCCGCAGCGGCCCCUAAUUUUGCACCCAUUUCUUGCAACAAAUUUUGCUCACCCGCACCCGCAAAAUGGUAUCCGUGCUCAACACGAUCGAUACCGGCCACGAGGACAUGAUCCACUGUGCCGAUGUAGAUUACUACGGGCUCCGGUUGGCCACCUGCUCGUCGGACAAUUCGGUCAAAAUUUUCGACAUCAAGAACGGUGCCCAGACGCUGGCGGCCGACCUGAAGGGCCACGGAGGUCCGGUGUGGCAGGUGGCCUGGGGCCACCCCCGGUACGGUAACGUGCUGGCCUCCUGCUCGUACGACCGCAAGGUGAUCGUGUGGAAGGAGGCCGGCCCGGGCGACUGGACCAAGUGGUACGAGUACAGCAACCACGACUCGUCGGUAAAUUCGGUCGCCUGGGCACCGGCCGAGUACGGGCUGGUGCUGGCGUGCGGUAGCUCCGACGGUUCGAUCUCGAUCCUGACCGCCAACGUGGAGGCCGGCACGUGGGACUGCAAGAAAAUCCCGAACGCGCACACGAUCGGCUGCAACACGGUCAGCUGGUGCCCGGCGACCGUCCCCGAGCCGGCGUUCGAUCAGCGCCCGAGCAAGACGAACCUCGCGGUGAAGCGGCUGGUGUCGGGCGGGUGCGACAACGCGAUCAAGAUCUGGAAGGAGGACGGCGACCGCUGGGAGGAGGAGAAGCGGCUCGAACUGCACUCGGACUGGGUGCGCGAUGUGGCGUGGGCCCCGAGCGUCGGUAUGCCGCGGCACCAGAUCGCCAGCUGCUCGCAGGACCGGCGGGUCGUGAUCUGGACGAGCGACGAUCUGGCGAACUGGCAGCCGGCCGUCCUGCACAACUUCGACGACGUCGUGUGGAACGUGAGCUGGUCGCUGACGGGCAACAUUUUGGGCGUGUCCGGCGGCGACAACAAGGUCAGUCUGUGGAAGGAAACGGCCGAGGGCCAGUGGAUCUGCAUCAGCGAGGACACGAACAGUGCGUCCACCGGGGCGGCGGCUCAGAACAACUUCAUCCCGGAACAGCGAACACUGUAAAAGGGUGACCCGACGUGCGUUUCUUUUUUUUCAACCGGUUAAGCUUGCGUAUUCCAUUGUAACUAUGUAAUCAAUAAAAAAUACUUUUAAAUAUUAAUUUGAAAAAAGA